CUAAGAUGGCGGCGGUGUUGCCCGAGUGCCGGGCGCUGACUUACUGCGUUUAUAAGUGGUCCAGCUAUUCCUCCAUCUACGUCCCCGAAAAUAUUUUGGUGGACAAACCUCACGAUCAAUCUUCAAGGUGGUCCUCCGAAAGCAACUACCCGCCUCAGUACUUGAUUCUGAAACUUGAGAGGCCUGCAAUAGUCCAAAGCAUCACUUUUGGCAAAUAUGAAAAGACCCAUGUCUGCAACCUGAAAAAGUUUAAAGUUUAUGGGGGAAUGAGUGAAGAAAACAUGACAGAAUUACUUUCAAGUGGCUUAAAGAAUGAUUACAACAAGGAGACUUUCACCUUGAAGCACAAAAUUGACGAUCAGAUGUUCCCCUGUCGAUUCAUUAAAAUAGUUCCAUUAAUGUCAUGGGGGCCUAGUUUUAACUUCAGCAUCUGGUACGUGGAACUACAUGGGAUAGAUGAGCCAGACAUUGUACAACCGUGCCUUAACUGGUAUAGCAAGUACCGUGAACAAGAAGCCAUUCGCUUAUGUCUGAAACACUUCCGCCAGCACAACUAUACUGAGGCCUUUGAGUCUUUGCAGAAGAAAACUAAGAUUGCGUUGGAACAUCCAAUGUUGACGGAACUGCAUGAGAAGCUGGUACUGAAAGGUGACUUUGAUGCUUGUGAAGGACUGAUUGAAAAAGCUGUCAGCGAUGGUUUGUUUAAUCAGUACAUCAGUCAACAGGAAUAUAAGCCCAGAUGGACGCAGAUCAUUCCUCAAAGCAGUAAAGGUGACGGAGAUGACAAUAGACCUGGAAUGAGAGGAGGUCAUCAGAUGGUGAUUGACGUUCAAACAGAAACAGUAUAUUUAUUUGGUGGUUGGGAUGGAACACAAGAUUUGGCAGACUUCUGGGCGUACAGUGUUAAAGAAAACCAAUGGACUUGUAUAUCAAGGGAUACUGAGAAAGAGAGUGGGCCAAGUGCUAGGUCUUGCCAUAAGAUGUGUAUUGACACAACAAGAAGACAGAUAUACACACUGGGCCGUUACUUAGAUUCUUCUGUGCGGAAUAGCAAAUCUCUGAAGAGUGAUUUCUAUCGCUAUGAUAUAGACACUAAUAAAUGGACGUUGUUAAGUGAAGAUACUGCUACAGAUGGUGGUCCAAAGUUGGUGUUUGAUCAUCAGAUGUGCAUGGAUUCUGAAAAACACAUGAUUUACACGUUUGGUGGAAGAAUAUUAACUUGUAAUGGAAAUGUCGAUGACACGCGAGCUAAUGAGCCACAAUUCAGUGGACUUUUUGCUUACCAUUGUCUGUCUAACACUUGGAAGCUACUUCGGGAAGACUCCUGCAAUGCUGGACCAGAGGAUGUGCAGUCUAGGAUUGGGCACUGCAUGCUCUUUCACACUAAAAAUCGGUGCCUUUAUGUAUUUGGUGGUCAAAGGUCAAAGACCUACCUGAAUGACUUCUUCAGUUACGAUGUGGACAGCGAUCACGUGGAGAUAAUUUCUGACGGCACAAAGAAGGACUCUGGUAUGGUUCCAAUGACAGGUUUCACUCAACGAGCUACAAUUGACCCAGAACUAAAUGAGAUUCAUGUCCUGUCGGGUCUCAGUAAAGAUAAAGACAAGCGGGAAGAGAAUGUUCGGAAUUCUUUUUGGAUUUAUGAUAUCGCUCGGAAUAACUGGUCCUGUGUUUACAAAAACGAUCAAUCUAUAAAAGAUAAUCCAAAUAAGAGCCUUCAAGAAGAGGAGCCAUGCCCGCGAUUUGCUCAUCAGCUUGUCUAUGAUGAUAUGCAUAAGGUUCACUACUUGUUUGGUGGGAAUCCCGGGAAGUCGUGCUCACCCAAGAUGAGAUUAGAUGACUUUUGGUCACUGAAGCUUUGCCGCCCUUCUAAGGACUACCUCCUGAGACAUUGCAGAUACCUCAUCCGGAGACACAGGUUUGAGGAAAAAGCUCGAGCAGAUCCUUUAAGUGCUUUAAAAUAUUUACAGAAUGACUUGUAUGUUACUGUGGAUCACUCAGACCCUGAAGAAACUAAAGAGUUUCAGUUACUGGCUCAGGCACUCUUCAAAUCAAGUUCAGAUUUCAUACCGUUAGGUUUUUCAGAUGUUGAUCAGACUUAUGCCCAGAGGACUGUGCUGUUUGACACGUUGGUAAACUUCUUCCCUGACAGCAUGACACCUCCAAAAGGCAAUCUGGUUGACCUCAUCACACUGUAGCUGGACAGCAAUCGAUGGAUUUCAUCUAAAGAGGAACUGAAAUACAAAUCUGAUCUCCUGUUUUGUACAGGCUAGAUUGGCGUAUGAUAUUUGGCUGGCAAAGUUUUUUUUGUUAUGCAUCACUUUUCAUCUAGUUUUGAUUUGAUUGUCUAAUUUCAAUGCUGUUUUAAUGCAGACGAUAAAACUGGGUUGAAACAGAUGAGUUUCGUGAAUAUGGGUUUGCUUCUCAUUGUGUGUUCAGUCCCUUCCUGUGUUGGUAAAUAUUUGGAUUUAAUAAUAAAUCCUGCCAUCAGAGUUUCAAUAGAGACAUGCAGUUGACGUUCUUAAUGUCUUGGAAUAAUGCUGCAAACAUACUUCAGCAGCAAUUGAGUCAACUUUUGUCCAUUUACCAGUCCAAUCGUCUACACCCUUGAAGUAACAUGAUGGUGUUUUAUGUGCUAUUCACAUUCUCUCUGGUCUCCACAGCAAUAUUAAUAACUGCUUUAAAAGGUGCAAUGGUACUUUUGAAAUUGAAUUAGAGUGCUGUGGAUCAUGUAUUGUGACUGCAGCAUUACACUGUGUCCUGUGGAGUGAACUGACUCUUGAUUUCUCAGCAGGUGAAGUAGAUUUGCUGCCGUUAUUGGGAUGCGUUUUACUUCAGAAUUGAUUCAUUAUACUGUUACUUUUAAUGCUUGCAUUUCAUUCACUGUCCAUUUGCAAAGGGGACUGACUUCACAUCUGUCACAUUUCUUAGUUUUUUUGAUGGCAUGAUUUUAAAAAAAAGCUUUCAAAAUAUUUGUUACUGAGCUGUCUGUUUAAAAGGUAUGAAGGAUACAGUGAAAUCUUUUCCUCUUGGAACAAGGUUAUUUUAAAGAAACAAUUGCUGUCAAAACUCGUAGUUAUCAGCAAUUUGCUUUUCCCAGCUUGCCCACAGUGCCAGGUACAGCUGGUCAGUAUCCAAAGCCUUCUGAUGUUCCCUUGGAAAGUGCAGUCCACUAUUUUUUAUUUUAGAAGCAAGGUUACUGUCAUUUUUUGAGUUUGCUAAUUCACCUCUUGAAUGUGAUGUCGGCUACAGGAAAAUGAAUGGCAAAAUCCUGUUUAUCUUUGGGUUUGGAGUUUCAUUCUGAAUCUGAGAAAGCACUUAUGAAAAAGCCUAAUUUGUUGCAGAAAUUCAGUGGUGUUCCCUACUACUAUUCAGGAUGUCUGAUAUCCACAUCACCCACAAAGUGGUAGAUAUUCUCUCAGACUACUGCAAAGUCCCCCUCACUUUAUUUGCUAAGUAAUAGGCAAUGUUAAAAUGUAUGUAAUUUACGAAUAGUUGUUCCGCUGAGUUCUUAAGAUGGUUGCUUUUAAGCAGUAAAAGUUUGGUUUAGAAUCCUUUCUGCAAUUAGCCUCCAUAUAAUAACAAAAGAGGCCAGAUUUCAGUCAUAUCUUGCGUUAUUUUUCAUAUUUCCUCAAUUAUCUAGGGCAUGCUGAGUGAAGUUUAGUCAUCAGUUGCAAUGUCAUUUCGUGAAACAUGUAAAACUGAUGGUUUUUUUUUAAGUGUGUUGUCCUUUUUUUAAAAAAAUCCAGCUCACCUGCCAAAGAUGGAUGUGGUCAAUGGUGCCAAUUAGAAGUGCAUAUUUGAAACUUAGAAAUGGGGACCUUGGUAUAAUAUUUUAAUUUUUGAUAAGUUUCUCUGAUGACAUAUUUUAAUUCCUUCAUAUCUUAAAGAAUCUGAACAAAUUAAGGAAAUUGUGAAAGAUUUUUGCUGAUGCACGUUUCUAAGUUCUACUGCUUUGCACAAUAGUUAUUUAUGUAUUUUUAAUCCAUUGUCACCUUUCAAUUUAAAUUCCUCAUAUAACGACCUUGUGUGGAGGAUGGUAGCAGCAAAGGUGUUAAACAGACACAGUUGUCAGUGACAACAUUAAACACUUUCACUUAUCUUAGGAAUGGACGUAAUUGCUUUAAUUUACCUCACUGAAUGGAUUGCUUUUUUUAUGCUGUUUUUGUGUUUGACUAUUAGAGGUAAUAGUUUUUUUUCUAAUAGAAGAUAAUUUUAAAUUUUGGUUUUCACAAAUGGUUCCUAAAGAGUGUGUUGUUUUCAAAAACUAUGUCGAUUUGAAGUCAUUUUUCACUACUAAUACAUUAAUGCCUCUGCCAAACAACUUGCACCACUGUGAAAAUUCUGAUUUUUUUCUAGGAGCAGUGUUAGAGAGUCAGGAUUUUGUUAGCAUUACUACUGAUGGGUGUCUCCUGUAGGUAGAUACUAAAUUUUGCCUAGUUUUGAUAAUUCCCCAGUCUGCUAACUGUAAAGAUGCCUGGUGUGAGAGAUGGUCUUUUUUGGAAAAGUGGCAGGAGUGUUAAAAGAAUAGAAUUAAAGAGUGUGUAUAUAAAGUGUUUAUGAUCUAGGCAACAUUUUUCCUGUUUCUCAAAUGUUGCCACAUUCCAGUUUAUAAAAUGGGCCAUUUGGUAUUCCAAAUCACUUGAAUGCCUUGUUAAUUCUUUAAAACCAGAAACUUGAAGCCCCUCCCCAAACUAAAACCCAAUCAACAUGGUUAAGAAUUGUGUAAAGUCAAGUUCAAUGAACUUCUGCUGAAAUAAGGAAGCAAAAAAUUUUCUUUUUGUUUUAAACAUAUCCAGUUCUGAAUCAUAAAUUUCAUAACCGAUCAACUUAACUAAAGCAUAUUGUUCCUGGUGGUUUUACACACAGGUACUUUUAAUUGACAACCAACCUGCCCUGAUGGUCUUGACGCAGGGCUAAUAAGAGUUUAGGGCAGUUGGGAAUACAGACAUGCUAAAAGUGUUUACUUUAUUCCAUUGUUCCUAUUUAAGACAGUGAUGCCAGCAAUUACUACACAAAAUUGAAAAGCACUGCUGCAAAAGUGCACCUCCUGCACCAGAUGCAUUGACUUAAAAAUAUGCCUAUGAUUGGGAAAUUAAGAACUGGGCCCAACAAAGUCACUGUACAAAUGCUUAAUAUACACUUUCAACUGGUUAAAACAGUUUGUAAUUCAUAGCAGGUUUCAGCAAACCCCUUUGUCUUUCUCAGAUAAUGCUCGUUGUUAAUAUGAAGUGAGCCUCUUUGUGUACGUACAGGAUUGGGGUUGCAGGCUUCAUAGUUUAGAAUAUGUCAGAUUGGAAAGUCUUAAUAAUCAGAACAAAAUCAUAGGUGAGAACCAAAGACAAGUGAAAACAUCCUGUGCGAUAGUGGUGACAUUUCACAGGAAUAGAAGGAAAAAAGAAGACAAACCUUCCAUUUAUAAUUGCCUUUUGCAAUCUGGCAGCAUCAUGAAUUGCUCAACUGUUCCUUCUGAACCUUUUUAUUUAGAUAAAACAAAAUGCUUAAGAGGGCAAAACCUGGCCAUUAACAUCUGAAAAGCUAAAGAUUGUAUAUCUGUUGAAGAGUCAAACCAAAAAGGAUUAUCCUCUGCCUCGUGUAGGCUGAACUACUAUUUUUGUUAAUGGUUUCCAUCGUAUCUUUCAGUAUGCUUUUCUAUUUGAAUUACUGUUAACUAUCCUUGUGAAGCACAAAAACAGACCAUAAUGUGGUACAAUUUGCCACCAAGUUUCUCAAAUGUACUGUGAAGUACUAAUGAUUAAUUGGUAUGAGCUACCAUAUUACUGUUUUCUAUUAAAGAUAUUUGACUAAUGGCCCAUAUAGUUGCAUGGUAACGUCUUAAGUUUUAAGCUUACCCCAUUUAGCAGAAUUGUAUUGAAAGCAAGCAGAUUGGCAAUUUUCUUUUAUCUUUUAGAAAUACCUGGCUGAAUUAUGUCUAGUUGACAUUUUAAUUAAGUGGCACAAAUCAAAUCUGAAUAAUUGUCAGCCUUGACAGUAUAAAACAUCUGGCUGAUUCAUUCAUUUUUAUAUGAGCUAUUCUAUUAGAGGAAAACAUAUGAAUGCACGGGUCAGAUUUUGCUGUACUAAAUAUGGUUGGAUUGGCCCAGUGCUAAAACUUUGUUACUGGCUCCACAUACUUCACAGUUCACGUUUUCAUUUUUUGUGGGCUGGGACUUUCUGCUUUGAUUUACAGUUUCAUACAUUUCCAGAUGAGUUGCUCCGACAUAUCCUAAUAUGUCUCAUCCUAGAGAUUGCUAAACCACCAACAAGUCAAUAUUUAGUAAUCAGACUUAGGAUUGACCCACAGCUGCAGCAAUUAACUGUGCUCUGUUUAGUUAGAAGUGUGUUGCAUUUUCUCUGCUUAUGUGCAUGUCUUAGCCAGUAUUUCUCCUCCUACCCACCGAGUUUUAACAUGAGCAGCCCCCUUACUGCAGCCACCACUAACAAAGACGAGGUAACAGUUUAUUCUGCCAUUGUUUGAGGUCCUGCUGUGUGCAAGUUGACUGUUGAUUGUCUAUACAACAACAACAGCUUCAAAAAGUAAUUCAUUAGUAAGCACAUUGAGGUGACCUGAUACAGUACUAUUGAAAUAGUUGAUUGAUUGACAAAACUCCAAACUAUCUGGCCAUUUAAGGGAGAGGCCUUUUACACUUCAGUGCACUUUCAAGUCUUGUUUGUUUAAGACCCAUUCAACCCCAAUCCUUCACCAUAACUGGUGCAAAAAAAACUCUAGGAACCAUUUGCUUGAAAAGAAAUUACUUGGUCUUGGUUUAGGGUCUAGACAAUGAAUAACAUUGUCUAGAAUUUGUUAUUAAUUGGUACUAAAUAGGCAUCUCUUAAUGAACUCUUUUGUAUUCUGGCAUGUUUCAUUUUGUUGUGGGGCAAUGUAAAGGUUUGAAUGCAAUGUAUACUUUUUAAUGUUGACCAUCAAAAAGGUAGAACUGUUCCUGCACCCAUUAUUCAUGUCUGUGCGUUUUGAUCCUUUUCAAUGUCUUUGUACCUGCUUUGCAUACUCUCUAUAUAUUUUUGAAUGUGUUAGGAAAGAAAUAGUGUUGUUUAAACCAGGUUGGCCGAAAUACAAUCUAUGAGGCUGAAGUAAUUUUGCUUUAAUUCAAACAGUCUAGAUUUGAAAGUGAAAACUGAGCAUCUUGAGCUAGCUCUACUUGUAAAAUGAAGUUACCAGAUCCUGUAUAAAUUUUGAUCUCCUUGUCUUUUAGUCCUCAUCUCACUAAGUGAAAUGAAAUUUGUUGAGCAUAGACAUAAUGUGAUUGACAUGACUUGGAGGUGUCGGUGUUGGACUGGUGUAGACAAAGUUUAAAAAUCGCACAACACCAGGUUAUGGUCCAACAGGUUUAUUUGGAAGCAGUAGUUUGGACUAUAACCUGGUGUUGUGAUUUUUAACUUAGUAUGCUUGAGGUAUAAUAAUCCGGUGAGGACACAUUUUCGGUUGAUGUGUCAGAUCAGUUAUGAUCUGAAUUAAUUGGUUAAGCAGGUUUGAUUUGUAUGUGUAGAAAGGUGUGGUUGGGCAGCUUAUGAGCCUGCUUUGAUAAGCAGCUGAAUGUCUGUAUUGGAAGCUGGUGGAAUCAGGAUUGUGGAAUGUGAUAGUCAGGUAGGUGUUUUCAUUUUUACUGUCCUUAUUCAACACACUGGAGCAAACGGAGUUUGAAGAUUUUAUUUUUAAAACCGUGCAAAAGGAUGAAAAAUACGGAAAAACAAAAUGUAUGAACAAACCAAAAGGUAAACAAAGUUACAAGUGAGAAGCAUGCUGUGUUGAAAGCUUGAAAGAGAAGCUUCAAGUUCCUAACAAUAACUCUUAGUUUGAGGGAUUCUUAAAAAAUAUUCUUGUUUAAAAGAAGUAUAAUUUGAACAGAUUGGAUUUGUUUUAUAUUCAUGAUAAUCACAAAGGCUAUUACGUGACUUUUCAAAAUAACAGCAAAGAAGUGGAAUUAAGUGAAUUGCAGAUGUGUUGCUGAAUUGGGUGAAUGCUUAGAGAUGGAGCAAGGGAAUGGCUAUCCCAUUUUAAAAACUCAGAAAUGGUCUAUUUCUUCCUUUUAAGGUAAAUUAGUGUCUAUAUUGUGUUUUGGAACCAGUUUGAGAAUGAGUAUAUUGUAUCUUUGUGCACACUUUAAAAAUAGAUUAAAUAUUUGAAAGUAGGCAACAUUGAUCAAAGGCCAAAAAUAUUCAAUAUGAUUGGGGAAAUAAAUUAAUAUUUUUAACUGCAGUGCAGAACUUGGAUUAAUAUCGGUAGCAAAAUCCCAUUGAAUUGACCACAUAAGAUGUUUCCUUUUUGUUUUGCAAAAUUAUUGGAAUGUGUUUAUUUGGCACCUUUUGAAGUUUAGUGUCUCUCAAACCACAAAAGUCUUUGUACUUUGUUUUGUGUUAUUUGUUGAGUUGCAGUUUUUGAAACUGUCGAUGGGUGGCGCAGUGGGUUAGCAAUGGAAUUAUUGCUGCAAUUUCUCUGAACAGAUUCUGAGUGCUGGUCAAAUCAGUUCCUUUUUAAUAAUUACAAAACUCGUGAGGGAAAGACACAGACCAACCAUACAGAUUAAAGUUAAUAAACUGGAAAUGCUAAAGAUUGGAGCCAGAAAGAAGCAGAAAAUACAUUGUCAAUGGUUUGAAUACAGUUCCCAACAUGAACUUCAUGUACAUUGUAAAGGAUCUUUGUGUAUAUUCACCUUUUUUCUUGAAAAACGACUUUGUUCCCAUCGUUAUUUUUCUAAUUGGCAUAUGUACUGCAUAAGAACUGUACUCAGGUGAAAACAAAGCAUGCACCUUUGGGAAGAGUUUAAAUUUUUUGCCCCUUGACCUUUUUAAAAAUGCCAAACACUGUCUGUGCCACUUACUAGUAGCGAGAAAUGUAAUUAAGGUCCUUUAACUUUAACUUGGUUGACAUUAUGGUUGUUAUGUAGCUUCUCAGUGCACAGGGAGUGUGGAUCCAUUAUUUUGGGGUUUUAGUAAUUAUUUUACACCUUUUAUAGCUUAGUUGAGCAGAUUGGUUGAUGAAUUUAAAAAGGAUUGCCUAAUAUUGAUGCUGUUGCUUGUUUGGCCAAAGACAUUUUCUACCUUUGUUGGCACUUGGUAAAAUAAUCUACAUUUUCUGGCGUUUAAUCAGUGCUGUUUUCUGCAGUGUUCUCAAAGGUUUCUUUUAAAUCCCACCUUUUUUGUUUAUUCUGAUAAAGGGCUCACACUCAAUUAUCAAUGUUUCAGCAAGCUUGAAUAUAAUUUUUUUAAAUUGACAUUUGUGUAAAUACUUGUUGAAUGCAAUUUGUCUGGAAUGGCAAAACUCCCUUCAUGUUGUUUUUUUAAAAAAUGGACAAAUAGUUUGUGGAUUGGAAAGAGAUUGCCUCUGAAUGUCCAUCAAUUUAAAGUAUUCUGAAGAAAGAAUUUGUCUCCUUUCCCGUUCUUGCAAAUGUCUCAUCAACAAAUUCUAUCAUUCAGACUGAUGAAUUACUGACAUCUAUACAUAUAUGACCUUACUGGGUGGUGAACCAAUAUUGCUGUGGUAGAUGCUGAGGUUCCAGAAAUCUGAAAUUCAUUUUUAAACUAGUGUAAAUUUGGUAAUUGCAAUAAUGAAUUUUCUACUAGGUGUACCCAAGUUUGGGUAGAGAAAGGUGUGAUGGUGAUCGAGUAUCAUAAAACGACAUCACCAAUUUUUUUGAGGAAAGUGUUUUAAUCUCAAAUAUUAAUGUUUCUCACCAUUUCAAUCAGAGGGGCUUUUAAUCAGUGUAGAAUUGCCCUGCUCUACCUGACUAUUUAUAAUGAAGGAUACAAAUGUAUUGGUUUAGUGAGUUAUGUGGUUACAUUUUCUGUCUGGUAAUGCCCUAAGGACAUUUAAAUAUAGUAUGGGCCUAUCCUUUCCUGUUCCAGCCUGUUGUUUUGGACAAUCUGCAAUAAUUUUGCUGUACACAGUCCAAUGAUACAAUCAAAGAAAGUCACGCAGAUCUUUUUCUUUUUACUUGUGAUCCCGAAAAAUAAAAGACCGAAUAAGCAUUUGUGAAUCCAUCCCUCCCAAAUGGUGACUAAUUAUGACUGGAACAAAAUAUAGUUAUAAAGUCAACCAGAAGACCACUGUUGAGAAAUGAUUGGCCAAAGGACUUCAAAGUGUGCACAGUUGUAAGAAGGCUUUCAGUUGUUUAUAUUGGGUGUUGAACCCAGUUUGGUGCUUCAGUUAUUCAUGUUUGUGUGUCUAUGAUCCUGAUUAGUGCACAGGGGCCUGUAUUCAUAAACGUUUAUGCAAUACAUCAUGUACAGAUUCCAGUUAUACUUUGGGUUAUUUGUGAAUAUGGGUCCAGGGAAUGUUUUUUUUCCCUUUAGUCUUUCAGUGAUUGUUCAGCAACCUCCAAAACAGAAUGUUAUCUUCCAAGCAAGCCCAAGGUUCCACUGAGCAGAUUUAACUUGUGAGCUGACCGAACUGGUGUGUGUGUGUAUUUCAUUUCUUUUUGGAAGUAUGAAGAUUCCAACAUUUGCUGAAAUGUGUACAAUUUAUGCACUACCUUGUUGUGAAUAACUGAAUGUGUAGACCCAGUGAACAAAUGCAACUGUAGAAUUAUGUUGUAUGUAAUGUACAUAUGGA